AUGUCUGAUGAAACGCAAUCUCACGGUGCUUGCGUAAAAGACUUCCUGUCUGCGCGCUCUUCCCUGGGUACGGCCGCCGCCUUCCUUCUCCUUCAACGACGUCUUGAGGCUUUGCACUUCUAUAUCAUAAUCACACCAUUAAUUGAAGUCUCCUAG